UCUCAAGUCGAGCGUUUCUUCGGAAAAUUUUGGCGUCCAUUGUCUUUACAGUUUGCUUCUUUCAGUUGUCUUCAUAGCAACCGACUCCAUGGCAAGAAGGAAGGACAAAUGUUAUGCUACCCAACUAAUUGAAGGAAAUGGUAGAUUUAAUGACAAGUUCUCGGAAAAUAUCAAGUUGGGUGAAUCCGGAUCUUCCUACGUCGUCAUCUCAAUCAUGGGUCCUCAGAGUAGCGGUAAGAGCACACUUUUGAACCACUUAUUUGGGACCAGUUUUAAAGAAAUGAGGGCUGAAAAGGGAAGGUCUCAAACUACUAAAGGCAUUUGGUUGGCAAAAUGUGCAAAUACUGAACCUUAUGCGCUUGUUGCGGACUUGGAGGGCAAUGAUGGAAGAGAAAGAGGAGAGAGUGAUACUGCAUUUGAGAAGCAGACUGCCCUUUUCGCUCUUGCAAUUUCAGAUGUCAUGAUCGUUAACAUGUGGUGUCAUGAUAUUGGGCGUAUACAUGGUGCAAAUACGCAUCUUCUAACAAUUGUAUUCCAGGUCAUGAUGCAGUUGUUUAGUAGAGACAUGCAUAAAAAAACUAUAUUUUUUAUUUUGCGUGAUAAGACCAAGACACCACUGAAUAUACUAAAAGAACAAGUGAACGAUCAUGUGAAAGAGAUUUGGAAUUCUACUCAAAAACCAAGAUCCCUUGAAGGAAUACCAUUGAAUAAAUAUUUUAAUGUUGAAGUUGAUGCCCUAUCUAGUUAUGAACGUGAAGAACAGGAAUUUAAAAAUGAGGUUUCUAGUUUAAAGAAUAAAAUCCUCCAAUCUAUAUCUUUUGAUGGCCAUUAUCGGUAUCAACACUGGAUUGAUGCUGCUACGUUUUCAAUAAGUGUGAAGCAAAUGUGGAAUACUAUUAAGGAAAACAAGGAGCUUGACAUUCCUGCACACAAGAUUAUGGUUGGCACUUUACGUUGUGAACAGAUUGUAAAUGGAAAGUUUGAGUCUUUAAAGAAUCAGGAUUGGGUUGAAUUGCAUAAGAAUAUAAAAAGUCUAGAUCCAAGCUUAUUCCGGGAGAAGCUCAUUACAAUCCUUAAUAGAUGCCUAUCGCAGUAUGACAACGAAACUAUUUAUUUUGAUGAAAGUGUUAGAGCAGAAAAGCGAGAGAGCUUGAAAGAGAAAGCGCGGCAACUAUUCGAACGCUCUUAUCAAGGCCUAUUGGAUCAUCAACGGUGUAUAACCUUAAGUACUUUUAAGAAAGAAUUGGACAGUGCUCUGAAUGGAGGGAAAACUUUUGCUUUAUCUGCAAGUGAUUGCAGCGAGCAUGUCAUGGCAAAAUUUGAUGAAAUAUGCACAGAUGCUACUAUUCCACAAGCAAACUGGGAUUCAUCUGGUGUUCGGCUUCAACUUAAGCAAGAUAUUGGUGAAUAUGUUACUGCACUCCGUCAAAUCAAACUCGAUGAGUGUACUAAGAUAUACAAGAAACAACUAAAAGAGGCAUUAACGGUACCUGUGAAAGAUUCUCUGCAUGAAGCAGACAUGAACACCUGGCCAACAAUAAAAUGGUAUCUUCAACGUGAGACCAUGUCAGCUGUCAAUGGGCUAUCUAGGGAACUCAAUGGCUUCGACAUUGAUGAUAAAAGGAAGGAUGAAAUGCUUGAACGCCUAAAAGACUAUGCAAGAGAUAUGGUUGAAAAGAUGGCAAAAGAGGAAGCAAAUGGAGUCCUGAAACACAUGCAUGACAGGUUUCUAAUGCUUUUUACCUAUGAGUCUAAGAAUGUGCCAAGGAUUUUGACUGAGAAUGAUGACGUCAAAGCAAUUGCAGAAGGUUCCCGCAAACAAUGUCUUAAACUACUGGCUGUUAUGGCUGCCAUGCGUUUGGGUGACACUGUUGAUAAUAUCGAAGCAACUCUCUACCUCACUCUGAUGAAUGCCAAUGGUAAGGAUGAUAGUAGCACGAGAACCACAUCAUCAGAUCCGCUGGACAAAAGCACAUGGGAAGAGGAUCCUACAAUGAAAACUUUGAUUGCUCCUUCCCAAUGUAAAACACUUUGGAAUAAAUUCCAAACGGAUACAGAGCACAUUGUUAAUCAUGCCAAUUCUGUCAUUCAAGCCAAGCUCAUGGCCAAGAAGGCCCAAGAAGAGGCUGAUGCUGCUAAUAAGAAGGCUAACCAAAUGGCUGAGCAGGCACGCAGAGAGGUUAUUGCUCUCAAAAAAGAAGCCGAGGAAGCUAUAAAAAAGGCUUUUGAAGAUGCCAAGAUUGCUAAAGCCGACGCUGAACAGGCAAAGAAGGCGGCAACUGUUGCUGAGAGAGCCUACAAUGAAGCGGUAGAAAAGGCCAAACGUGGUUUUUGGGGACGCGUUUUGGAUUAUUUGAUUUUCAAGCCUUUUGAAUGGAUUGUUAGCCAAUAGAGUCAACAGAAUUGAUUAGUUGGUAUGGUGCAUGCAUGGAAAACAAGUGCUGUUAAAAGAGGUUUGUUUGGGAGUACAAGACAUGGUUUGAAAGUGGUUUCUUACGGAAUCCACUCCUCUAUCUUUACGUGGGAAUAAGAAGCAAAAAAAUAUAUAAAGAUAUUGUUGUGGACUAUUAAAUUAGGAGUUUAAAGCAUCAAUAAGAAAACCGAGUGAUCUCCUCAUUAAGUAAAUAAGGAAAUUUAGUUACCAA